CACAUAAGCACCUUUUCAAUUGCAUUUAUGUAAAAAGUGCCCUCCUUUUCUUUUUCUUCUGUUUCCCUUUUAACUCUCUGUGAUCUGUUAUUACUUGCUGCAUUGAAUAACCAAUCUAUACCCAACUCCAAAACCAUGUUAUUUAUUAUCAUUUUCUGACUUGUGACUCACCUUUUCUAUAUAUUCCAUACCUUUCCUAAUAAAACUUUAUUUAUUGUACUUUUAUUUUUCCUCCUACACUACUACAUAUACUUGUUCUCCAUUCCAUUCACACACUCCUUCUCUUUUUGAACUCAUACUUUUAACUGUAUAUGGCUGGCAAUGUGUGAAACAAACAAGAGUUUUGUAAGCAUGAAGCUGCUAUUUGUGUUUGGAUUCAUAGGCUUUGUGAUUGUGAAAGGUGUGGAUGUGGAACUGAAAGGUUUAGAGAAUGGUAAUGUGACAGACAUGCAAUAUGUCAGAGGAAGAGGUUUCAACUAUAGACCUUUGAUGGUUGGUCUUACUCUUAUUAAUGGAGCUGCUGCUAAAGGAGCUGUCUGCCUUGAUGGAUCUUUACCGGCUUACCACUUCCAUCGUGGAUACGGUUCAGGUUCAAACAGUUGGCUAAUACAUUUGGAGGGAGGAGGCUGGUGUGGAACUGUGAGAAAUUGUAUUUACAGUAAGAAAACGCGACAUGGUUCAUCAUAUUUUAUGGAAAAACAAAUACCAUUUAUUGGAAUAUUGAGCAACAAAGCUGCGGAAAAUCCAGAUUUUUUCAAUUGGAAUAGAGUAAAAAUUCGUUAUUGUGAUGGCGCAUCGUUUAGUGGGGACAGUCAAAAUGAGGCAGCAAGGUUGUAUUUCCGAGGGCAGCGCAUAUGGCAAGCUGCAAUGGAAGAUUUAAUGUCGAAAGGGAUGCGCUAUGCCAAACAGGCUCUUCUAUCUGGAUGUUCUGCAGGAGGUUUAUCAGCUAUACUACAUUGCGAUGAAUUUCGGGAAUUGUUUCCAAGAACAACUAGAGUAAAGUGCUUUAGUGAUGCCGGAUUAUUCCUUGACUCUGUUGAUGUAUCUGGCCGUCGCAGUUUAAGGAAUUUGUUUGGCAGUGUAGUGACUUUACAGGGUGCGCAUAAGAGCCUUCCAAGAAGUUGUACCAAUCACCUCAAUCCAAUUUUGUGCUUUUUCCCUCAGCAUUUAAUUGCAAGUGUAAGGACGCCACUAUUUCUUCUCAAUGCAGCUUAUGAUACUUGGCAGAUUCAAGCCAGUCUAGCUCCACCAUCUGCUGACUACCAUUGGAAUUGGUAUGACUGCCGAAAAAAUUAUGCACGCUGUAGUUCACCACAGAUACAAUAUCUACAAGGUUUUCGAAAUCAGAUGCUUAGAGUUACAAGACGCUUCUCAAGGUCCCGCCAAAACGGGUUAUUCAUUAAUUCGUGUUUUGCUCACUGCCAAUCUGAAAGACAGGAUACAUGGCAUGCACGCGGUUCUCCUCAUAUUGGAAAUAAAGGGAUCGCAGAUUCUGUCGGGAACUGGUUUUUUGACCGAGUUGGUGUCCAAGCUAUUGGGUGUCCUUACCCUUGUGACAAAACAUGCCAUAAUUUGGUUUUCAACUGAUAGAGAUAAGACCAAACCACCAAAGUUUCAUUCUUUCAAUACUUUUCUUCUGCACUUGCUUUGCAAAUACGUCUUUCUGAUCUCCAGAAAGAAAGAAAAAAGUCAUUGUAUUGUCAUAAAUUGAUUAUAUUACUCAAUUUUGGUUGCAUCAUUUUUUUUUUUUUGCUAGUUAGUUCCCAUCUAAGGAACUUUCAAACAUUAUUGCACUCCAGAUGUCUAUCUCUUUACACAUUAUAUCUAUAUAUACACUUGUAUUUCUUCGAGUUCAA